CUCAGUGACCAAAUAUGUCUUUAACCCCAUUAAAAAAAAAGAGCUUUGGAUCCGGAAGAAACCAAAACCUGGUCAACCUAGAUAGAUCCAACCACCCGACCUGAACUGGUUUCAGGAGCCAGGCCCAGGGCCGCAAUGCUGUGAUGUGAUGUGUUGAGUUUCGGCAAUUCCAAGGCCUCUUGGCAUAGAAUUUCCCAACCAAUACACAACAAAUCACAACCCACCCAGCUUCGUUUUCACCGAAACCACCCUCUUAGUGCAACAACACAACGCCCUCGUCGCCUUCCUUCCCCCUCCCUCCACAUUUACUCCUCUGAUUCUUCGUCCCCGCAUCCUCUCAAGCUCGCCCUGCUCUUCUGCAUUCCUCGUAGCCAUUCUCGCCAACAGCAGGAGGUAAAAACUGCUCCUUCUAGGCUCCUACUGACUACAUGAUUGCAAUGUGAUCUAUUCUAUUGCUUCUGUUGUUUUCUGCUGCAUUUGGUCAACCGGUUCUGCAAUUUUUUUAAAAUGUAGUUCCUCUUUUUGUCGUUGGAACUAGUCGAAUCCAUUUCUUUGCUAGUGUAGAUGUGAAAAGCUGCAGUCUUUUUGCUGCGAGGAAUCUCGGGUUGCUUUUACCUUUUCCUGGGUCGAAGAAAUGACACUGAUGCUGCCAUAUAGUGCAGUCUGCUGCUGCCUCGUUUUUAUGUCAUAAUGGAACUAGUUAACUAUUUACCUGAGCUUGAAAUAUUCAAAUGCCUGUUAGAUUUCAAGACUUGGCUGCAAGGAUCUUCUUCUGGUUCAAAAAUAUGUCUCACUGGAACACUUUCUUCUGGGUAGCAAUUUUGUUUUUAAUAUUGUUUGCUUUUCUUGUCGUUUCCUGUUUCAGCUUACUGAUUGAGAAUGUUCAUUAGAUUGCCCUUGUUGAUCUUGCACUGGUUAUUUUCAUUUCAUUAGGUUCCCCUUUCUGGCUUCUAUUGUUGGUUGGCAGCAUAGCAUGUUCAUGUUUGUGCCAAUGGUGCAACCCAAUUUCUGUAUUUUGAUCAUAUGUUUUGUCUUCAGGACCUUGCAGAGUUUUGACGAUAAAAAUAGGAAGAAUGGCUGCAGCUGCGACUCCUACUGCAGGUGUGGCAAGGGCCAGGACUUGCAUCUCAUCCCCCCAUAAAAUGUUGAUGUCAAGGGCAGCAAUUCUGAGUACAACGUCCAAUGAUGCAUCUAUGACUAAGCUUUCAAGCUCUUCUUGCAUCUCAUUGAGCCAUUCCUUCUUAAAGAAGCCUAAUUCAGUGAUUAUGAAAUCUAAACGAGUUAUCACAACAAAAGCAGUCUCCUCGGCAAAUGAAACCAGCCCCUUGCCAGGACUUCCUAUCGAUUUAAGAGGUAAGAGAGCUUUCAUUGCUGGUAUAGCUGAUGACAAUGGGUAUGGUUGGGCUAUUGCCAAAUCACUUGCAGCAGCUGGUGCUGAAAUUCUUGUCGGUACAUGGGUGCCUGCGUUGAAUAUAUUUGAAAGCAGCCUACGACGAGGAAAGUUCGAUGAAUCUCGUGUAUUACCAGACGGUUCUCUGAUGGAAAUUACCAAAGUGUAUCCAAUGGAUGCGAUUUUUGAUGGCCCUGAGGAUGUUCCUGAAGAUAUAAAAACAAACAAGCGCUAUGCAGGAUCCUCCAAUUGGACGGUGAAGGAGCUUGUUGAAUCAGUGAAGCAGGAUUUUGGCUCUAUCGACAUCCUUGUCCACUCUCUUGCUAAUGGUCCAGAGGUCGCCAAGCCUCUUCUGGAGACUUCGAGGUUUGGGUACCUUGCAGCCAUCUCUGCAUCAAGUUACUCCUUCAUAUCCCUCCUGCAGAACUUCGUUCCUAUAAUGAAUCCAGGUGGUGCAACAAUUUCCUUGACCUACAUUGCUGCUGAAAGGACCAUUCCUGGUUAUGGUGGUGGGAUGAGUUCAGCCAAGGCUGCAUUGGAGAGUGACACACGUGUGCUUGCUUUUGAAGCUGGAAGAAAGCACAAAAUCAGAGUCAACACAAUAUCUGCAGGUCCCUUGAGAAGUCGGGCUGCAAAAGCAAUCGGUUUUAUCGAUAUGAUGAUUGAGUACUCGGAAACCAAUGCGCCCCUCCUGAAAGAACUAUCUGCAGAGGAAGUAGGGAAUGCUGCUGCUUUCCUGGCUUCGCCUUUGGCUUCAGCCAUCACCGGAACUGUCUUGUAUGUCGACAAUGGUUUAAAUGUCAUGGCCGUUAGCACUGACAGCCCAAUACUUGAAGAGCUCCACGUUCCAAAAGAGAAAUAAACACACCUAAGCAGGAAAUAGCCCAGAGCUUCUAAAUUUUGUUAUUUUGUUGUUAAUUUCAGAGUAAACAAUAAAUGCUGCU